CCCCCUCGUCCGCCGAUUCCAUCUGAUCCUCUGGAUCCGGCGCCGUUAUCACUUUCUCAGUUCCCUCCGUUAAAGUCUCCUGAAUCAAAGAAACCCUUCUCAGAUCUACUAUUGGGCAUUGGUUCUCAGAGCUCUGUACUUUAUUCCAACACUUCUACUGCUGAGGUUGUCAUGACUGAAGCUACUUCACCUAUCUCAGGUACUUCUAAGAUGACGGCCGAAAUGCCAACAUCUGAACCUCAGAUUGCUACUACUGCCAUCCAGUGCUCUGCUAUUGCAGAAAUCGUGGCUGAUGCUCCCGUUAUUGUUGAUACUACUACCUCUGAGGUAGUCAUGGAAGAUGCUACUGUAACCAAUUCUGUUGAGGCUUUUCUUCCUGCUCCGAUCUCUAUUCAUACUACUGUGGACGGUAUUAGCUCUAAAAACACUGUUCCGGUGACCUACACUAUUGUACCUCCAAAAUCAUCAUCUCCUCUCCAUACAAACAGAGCCUCCAACUCUGUCUAUCCUACUGCUACGCAUUCAGCUGGUUCUCCGGAUUAUACUGCUCCGCUAGACUCCACUCACGCGGCUCCAGUCCCAGAAAAAGCAAGUGUUAAGCCUUCUCAAUUGGCUCCAACUCUGGCCGAAAGAAUUAGAAUUUCAGAGGAUAGAUCCCUCAAAAGAUUGGCCCCUAUUACUUACACGGAUUCUGGUCGUCCAACAGUUCUAAUCCCGGAUGAGGUCUUCAUACGUGGAGUUGAACUUCAUAAAGACUUCAUUAUUUGCUACUUUAAUGGCCGUCCUCCUCCCUACAGUCAAAUUCAAAAUGUUCUUACUCACAUGUGGGGCAGAGGAAAAAGAGUGGAAAUUCAUAAUAACCCUCUUACCGGAUCAAUGAUUUUCAGAAUACCGAGUGACUACCUCAUGCAUAAGAUUCUGGAGAAAGGCGUAUGUCUUACACUUGCUCAUGUGAAAGUUGAGGUCAAUCUUGCUACACCCUUGCCACGGGUUGUUGAAUUCACAAGACAAAGUGGUGAGGUUGUGGAGGUGAAAGUUGACUACCCUUGGAUGCCUCCAACAUGCUCCCAUUGCAAAGAACUAGGGCAUAUUGUCCGGAACUGCCUCCUUCUGCCAAAACCAGUGCAUGCCCAACAACCUGUGAAGCCAAGAGGGCCAGUGACACCCCUACAGAAAAAAGGGAAAGGGCAUUCAGAAAUGCAAUCAGACAUUUGUCAGUUGAGUUCUCCUCUCGUGCCACCGAUUGCUUCUGUUACUAUGGACAUAGAGCUUCCAGCUUUGAGGAAUUCAAUUCCCUUUGUCAAUAAGGUGUCUCCCCCUUCAGUCCCUGUGAUCUUAGCGCUUCCAGCAACCAUCAUGGCCACGGGAUCGAAUCGGUUCUUCUUCACUGCUGUUUAUGCUUCAAAUCAGAGGGAAGAGAGAAAUGACUUGUGGGUGGAAUUGCUAGAGGUCCACCAGAAUUACUCCCUCCAUCUGUUCCCGUGGAUGAUUGGUGGUGACUUUAAUCAAAUUCUGCAUCAUGUUGAGCACUCAUCACGAGAUAUCAACAUCUUAGAUACCUCAAUGAUUGAGUUCAGAGACACACUUACUCAAAUGGGAAUGUUUGACCUUAGAUUUCAAGGGCCGCUUUUCACUUGGACAAAUUGCCGACCAGAAGCUCCGAUUGGAAAAAAGCUGGACAGGCUACUGGUUAAUAGCCCUUUGAUCUCAAUGUUUCCUCACUCUGCUGCAAUGUUUCUUCCUCUUUUGACCUCUGACCACAGUCCAUGUCUGAUUGAUCUUGCGUUACCGCUCCCCACUGCUGUGCGAAACUCGCUCCUUCACCCUCACAAAUGUUUGUUGGAAGCAAAAGAUGAUCAAAGGCAGUCUAAAACAGUUAGAUAG